GAAUUAUUAGGAGGCAAAUUGAAAAAAGUGGGUAUCAAGCAGAAGUUGAUCCUUGGUUGAUUUAUGAUGGCAAGUGAGAGCAGCAAGUACCACCACUACUACUACUAUUCACCCCACAUAUUGAUCUUAGCGGUGGUGGUUUGCGGUGUGAUUUUGAAUUAUAUGAGUAGUAGUGCGGUCACCCAGCCGCCGCCGGCAUCGCCGUCGCCGCCCGGGUCUAUUUUGCUUCCAGAAUCAACAAACACGAUGGCAGCAACGGAAGGCAAGGAAGAUGGUGAUGUAAAAGAGGUGUUGGGAGUAAAGAUCUAUAAGAAUCCAUCGCAGUCCAAGCUUCACGACCUCGGUAUCUCCACUUGGCCCACGUGGGAAGGCAGUCCUGGCCAAAUCCCAUGGACUUUUACCACAAAAGAGACAAUGUACAUACUGGAGGGCAGAGUGAAGGUAUGCUGUCAAGAAGUAGUAGCUGAAGAAGGACAGGAUGAUUGUUUCGAGAUUGUGGGUGGAGAUCUGGUUGAGUUUCCAAAAGGGAUGAAGAUCACUUGGAAAGUCAUCGACGCUGUUAAAAAGCAUUACCACUUGGGGGACUGAGAUUGAUUCAGAAUUAUCUGUAAGACUGUUAACUAGAUAAGUCUGCUGCUCCACAGAGCUUCUGCGGCGAAAGCCUCUCAUCAAUUACUAAAAUUAAUUCUACUACUGUUAGUGCUUUCCCCUUUGUGUACUGAUGUACUCCCCAUCUAACUUUCGCGUUGGUUUGCUUCUAUUUAUCAUUAUUGUAAGGUAACCCACCAACUUGUGUCCUCUGGAUUAUUGCUUCAAGUGCAGGCAUCAUUAUUAUACUUGUCACUGGACUCUAGUUAGAGACCCAGAGAAGAUCCUGAUAUUUCUGCUAAUAUAAAAUGAAUGAUGAUGGUAGAUAAUGAUGUAAUCCUUGCCCGCAAUCUACGGAAAACCAACUGAAAUAUCAAAAAAAAAAAAGGGAUAAAUUAUUUGCUAGUCAAUCUCCCAGCCUUUUGCGCCUGUAUUGCUACUUUGAGUCUAUACAUAGACAUUUUCUUUAUAUAAACGAAACAUGAAUGAAGAUAAGUUUGAUUUGAUCAAUCUUGUACUUUAUCC